AUGACAGGCCGGGAGGAGCCCGCCGAGGGCAGAGCCAAGGGGAAGGCGCUGGUGCCCAGCGCUGCCAGCGAGAAGGCGGCCCGACUGGGCGCCCCGGCCCUGCGCUCCAAGGGCUUCGCCAUCACCGACCUGCUGGGGCUGGAGGCCGAGCUGCAGCCGCCGGCCGCCCCAGUGGCCGGCGCGGGAUGCGAGGGCGCCGGGGCCGGACUUGGGGGGGUGUCUCUGAGCGGCGGCUCCCUGCCCCUGGGCUUGGGCUUCCUCUGCGGCUUCGCGGCGCCGCCCCCGGCCGGAGCCCCCUGCCUGCUGCCGGCGCACGUCCCCUUCCUGCAGCCCCGGCCGGAGCUGCACCGGCACCCCGGGCCGCCCGCCGGCGGGCGCCAGGACAGCGUCUCGGGUAAGGACGAGGACAGCCUGUCCGGGGACAAGGGCGAGCUGAAGACAUCGACUUCCCAGCUCAAGAGGAAGAAGCGCCGGCAUAGGACGGUGUUUACUGCUCGCCAGCUGGAGGAGUUGGAAAAGGCUUUCAAUGACGCUCAUUACCCAGAUGUGUACGCCCGGGAAAUGCUGGCUAUGAAAACAGAGCUGCCGGAGGACAGGAUCCAGGUCUGGUUUCAGAACCGAAGAGCCAAGUGGAGGAAGCGUGAGAAGUGCUGGGGCAGGAGCAGUGUCAUGGCCGAGUACGGUCUCUAUGGGGCCAUGGUGAGGCACUCCAUCCCUCUCCCCGAGUCCAUCAUCAACUCAGCCAAAAGUGGGCUGGUGGGCUCCUGCGCUCCUUGGCUGCUUGGGAUGCAUAAAAAAUCCAUGGAUGUUACAAGAAAGCCAGAGAGCGAGGAGAAGAUGACAGGCAGCUGGCGAUUGGAAGGUUCUGAGGAGGAAUUAAAAAUGAAGCCAGCAGAUCACCAGAGAAGCUCUGGUGACAAACUCAGCUCUAUGGACAAUUCAGAAGAUACAGCGAUUGACCUCUCUAGCACAGCAAAGCAAGAGAACAGGAGCGCUUUGAGGCAAUGUCUCAAAGGAGACCUCCAGACAGAUGGGAAGGACAAUGACCACUAAACUCAGGGAGCAGGGGAGGGGCGGGGUGUUAGGAAAAUGAGCCCCCUUAACACUUUGGAAAGAUAGGACUAUUUAUUCAUUAUUUUUUCAAACAAUUAAUACACGAUUUUACAUGAAUAUGAGACAUUUUAAAACUGGAUCCAGCCAAGAUUCCCUCCCCCACAACUUUAAAGCUGUUUGUUUGUAAUAAACAGGGCUGAGGGGAAGGUUUUAAAAUGUUGGUGUGAAAACGUCACUGGUUUUUGGGCAGCUCUAGUGAUAAAUCAGGAAAACCUCCCUUUCAUUCUGUAACACAAGCAACUGAAAGACACUUCUGCCAGCUAAACAGGACCAUGAAUAAGAGUGGAGUUAUUCCUUCUGGACCCUGUUUGGUGAAAAGACGGUGCAGGACUUAACAGAACCCUUAUUUCCAAAGUUACAUUCCAACGUUUACUGUGAUGUACUGGGUGAGCACCAACGUGGCAAUUCUCGGUGUUUAAAAUAUGCAACUGUUUGGCCUCAAGAAGAAGCAGAAGGUAUUCUUAAAAACUGUGGAUCAGUUUUUCAGCUCUUGUAAGUUGACAUAGUGCCAUUGACUUCAAGAGAGCCAGGCCAGUUUACACCAGCUGAGGAGCUGUGUAUCAGUCAAUACAGCCUUAUAAAUGAAUUACACUGUGUAUUUUACUUAGAACUUGUAUUGUGCGUGCGGGGGGAUAUGGGAGGGGAUAUUUUAUGCAAUAAUUUUCUACGCUUUUGAAUGUUAUUUGAUAUACUAUGCAUAAAAGAACUCACACCUUUAUGAAAAUCAAGCCAUAGCACCCCUAAGAAAUUUUAUGCUAUUUUGUGAAUUGUCAUAGGAGACUAUUUUGUAAUUCUUAAAUGUCCAUAAAACAGUGUUAAUGUCAGAUCUGUUUCUUGGUCUUUUUAUAUUUUUGUCCAAAAGCACUUUAGUUAUCUGAAUUUUCUGAAUGUUGCUCUUCCUUUUCUGUCAUUUAUUUAUUAUGCAUUAUUAAAUAAAAGUUUUGGGUAUCUUUGCUUUUCCAUCUGUAUUCUUCAUAGUAGCUUUGCUUGGAUACGUCUUCAGAAAGCGUUAUGGCUCUGAUCCUACCUAGAAUAGUGUACAUGUCUGGUUUGUGAGCAGUUUUACUGAAAUCCAUGGCACUAUUCUAGGGCAUAAAGUUAAACACAUGCCUAGGUCUUUGAGAGGUUGGGGCCUAAAUAGACUCGGCAGGGUGCAUCCAGGUUAAUUAAUGUCAAGUCAUUUUGAAGAUGAAAAUCAUUGUAGAUGGGGCUUUCAGAAGUGCCUUAGGAGAAAUGCACCCAACUCCCAUGGAAAGUCACAGGGAGAUAAGGGCCUACUUUAUAAGGGAUAGGUAUUGAUUAAGUUAUCCUGCUGUUAAUUAUUUUGUACAGAAACUCCACUGAACUUGUAGGGGAUUUUGUGAGCAUAUCAAGGGCAAGUAGAGGGCCAAUAACUUGCUGUGGUAUUGAUGUAAUGGCCUCAUUUAGGCCUGCACCCAUUCUUGGUGUUUUCAGGGGAGCAGCUUUGGGCCCUUUGUCUGAGUGCCUCUGUAGAUAGAACAUGAGAAACAAAUGGUAAUGUACAAAGCCAAAUGUAUUUCAAAUCCCCCCAUGCCCCCCAAUAAUAGUGCCAUAGCAAUGGAUGCACUGCCCUGUCUCCUUGGCACAGGAAUGCUCUCAUCUCAUACUUCUUUAGGUUGAAAACAGACCUAGACCCAUUUCAUAGUUCUAACCGCCAGAGUAUCCAGGAUAGCAGUCAUAAAAUACUAAGGGGUCAGAAUGGCGUCAUUACUCAAAACUCCCCUUUAAUUAGGGGAGGGCCAAAGGCCCUCAACUGAUGGUGAAAUGUGCUCUUCUGAAAUAUGGGAGGAAGCCAGAUAUUAAAACCAUGUCACUCAAAUUGACUUUUGUCUGGAAUUUGUACCCUUUGUACAUACUCCACUUAGCACACUCCUGCUUGUGCAUAAGGCAGAAUUGGCCCACAUGUAUGUUGUAACAGCAGUAUUGAAACAUUUCCAGUUUUAUCUGCUGGCCAAAAUGUAACACAAAAUGAUCAAAAGGCUUUAUUAAAAUCUGGGUAAUUCCCGUCUGGAAACAGUCCCAAUACAGAUCAGUAUAUAAAUGGCCCUGUAAUUAUGGUUCACCUGUCCCUGGCUAUAGGAGCAAUGGGAAACCGGCAGCAACAACUCUCCAGGGUUUCUAGACUAAUUGUUUUUGAACGCUGUCCCGAUGGCCAGGCCAACCUGGGAGGAGGGAGAAAAGGCAACAGGGGUCGGGGGAGUAGUGGCAGAUAUGGACUUUGUACAAGAAGACUGUACAGCUGAAAAAGUGACCCCCCCAUGAUGGGGGAAGAGGUCAUUCCGUCCACGAGCGGAGCCUUGGCACAUUCAGUGUCUAAUCCUGAUUCGGCAGCAUUUGCCAACGGUUGAUCGGGGCUGUGCAGUGCUGGCACGGGUAUUUCCCCAUAUUUAUGUCCCCGCGUUUGGAACAGAUGAGGAUGGUGGAUCUUGGUUACUGACACAUAUAGCAACAGUGGGGCUAUUAGUGAUGGCAUGGGCAAGAGUGUCUUCACUGAGCGAGCUCAGAGAUUGUCCUCAAUGACUUGAAAUGGAGGGGAGGGGACAUGCGGGCUGCAUCUGGCUCACUGACAAUCCUGCAGGAGAACAGCCUGUCUGAGCCUGAGCUGUACACCGGCUGAGAAACUGCCCAUGGGUGUCUGGUCAUAGAGGGGCUCUCUUCCUAUAGACCGCAGGUAUUUCAUACUGUAAGGCAGUGAGGAGCUGCCAAUACUUCACCAAGGGGCUUCUGCCUUAGCCACAGUACACAGCAUGUCUCAGGGACGUGGGUACUCUCAGGGUAAGAUUCCCUUCGGAGUGGGGACCAGGCAGAAAGGCCUCCAUAUGCCACUUAAGGCUCACGUUGGGGCAAGUCUGUACAGCAGCAGGGAGAGGUCCCUGUACAAUGCCUCCAUGCCACAGAGAGGGCCUCUGGGCUGGCCCCUGAUAGACAGAAAGCAAUGAUGAAGGCAGGCUGUUUUAGCAGACUAGAUGUGACUAGUGUGACCAGACAGCAAGUGUGAAAAAUCGGGACAUGUUUUUUCCCCAGGAGGGCCGGUAUAGUUGCUUAAAUAAGACAAAGCCCCUAAUAUUGGGACAUCUGGUCACCUGAAUGUGAACACAAAUCAUAACCAUCCAGUCACAGCAACCAGGAGUAUUUGUCUGACUCUUAGGAACAAGGGUCUGAUCCAGAUCCUAGAUAAGUGACUUCAGUGGGGUAGGAUCAGGUCCUAACUCAUUGAUGACAGGGAUGAACCAGCAAAGGGCUAGAGAGUCUAUUUAGAUUAUAAACUCUUCGGGCCAGGAACGGUCUCUUACUAAAUAUCUUUGUACAGCCCUUAGCCCAGUAAGCCCCCCAAAUCAGCUAGGACUUAUAGAUGCUACUGUAACCAAUGAUGCUGAUGUUAUAAUAAGACUAAACUCUUUGGGGGCAAGGACAGUGCUUGUACAGUACUGAAUACAAUAGGGCCUAGAGGUGCUACUGUCCCAUAAUAAUUUGAUUUUUCACCCCUGAUUUAGUGAAUGACAUUCUUGGUACAAGAAGAGUAUAACACUAUUCCAGAGACAGCCACCUCCACCCUGGGUGGUCCAGAAUGGAAACAUGUAAAAUGUGGUAAAUAAUUCUGUGACGGGAUCCCCGGGGAGCAGCCUGGGACCGUGAGACCACUGUCUCAUAUAGCAACAGCGGGGCUGUUUCAAGUGAUUAUAAGGGACAGGCAAAAAGUCAGAGUGGUUUCCAAAAGAAAAUAAAAUAUAAGCACGCAGUCUAAACUCUUAACCCUAUUGGACUGGGCAACAUCUAGAUCAUAGAAUUGUAGGACUGGAAGGGACUUUGAGAGGUCAUCUAGUCCAGUCCCCUGCACUCAAGGCAGGACUAAGUAUUAUCUAGACCAUCCCUGACAGGUGUUUGUCCAACCUGCUCUUUAUCUCCAAUGAUGGAGAUUCCACAACCUCCCUGGGCAAUUUAUUCCAGUGCUAAACCACCCUGACAGUUAGGAAGUUUUUCCUAAUGUCCAACCUAAACCUCCCUUGCUGCAAUUUAAGCCCAUUGCUUCUUGUCCUAUCCUCAGAGGUUAAGGAAAACAAUGUUUCUCCCUCCUCCUUGUAACAACCUUUUAUGUACUUGAAAACUGGUAUGUCCCCUCUCAGUCUUCUCUUUUCCAGACUAAACAAACCAAAUUUUUUCAAUAUUUCUUCGUAGAUCAUGAUUUCUAUACCGUUAAUCAUUUUUGUUGCUCUUCUCUGGAUUUUCUCCAAUUUGUCCACAUCUUUCCUGAAAUGUAGCACCCAGAACUGGACACAAUACUCCAGUUGAGACCUAAUUAGCGCAGAGUAGAAUGG